AUGCCAGUAGAUUACCUGCCCGCGUCGGCGCGAAGCAACAUCUCGAAACAGAUUGGGGACUAUGUGUUCUUCGACGAUCUACUCGAAUCGAAAACCACGAAAGACCCUAUGGUCGGCAUCUGGUUCCGGAUAGAGCAAGGACCCCCAGUUGGUCCAGGUGUUCACGCAUAUGACGAAAGUGGAGUGGUUUUCGAAGGGACUCUGACUCUGCGCGACGAGACAGGAAACGAGCGAACUCUUGAGCGCGGCGAUACCUUUUUCAUUCAUCGUGGCAGUACUGUCUUAUUUUCUUCGACAGACUUUGCGGUCUGCUACAAGUGUGCUGCCCAAGUGAAGGGCAAGCUUUAA